UCACUUUGUUGCCUUUCUUCUGUUGCAUAUAAUAUAUUUUCAUCUGCCUCUUAUUCUUAUCAGUUUCCUGUGUUUACUUGCAUGCAGAUAUGGCUACUCCCAAUAUCUUUGACAUGUACCAGGCCGAGGAAGAAGAGGAGGUUCCCCAACUCCAACGGAGAUCCAAGAGGAGAACUGGAGAAUCCAGCCGAGGCCCUCCGGCCAAGAAGGGUCGAAUAGAAGACCUUCCCAAGGACCCGCCAACUGGGCAGACUCCUGGGCCAACGGGGCAAACUCAUCCACCAGCUCCAACUGAGAAGCAGACUCCUCCUGCCCCACCGAAUCCUCCGGCUACAUCCGCCAGAGAUGAAGUUGUUCGUGACGAAGCUCUCGGGACUAAACUCAUGAGCCGUACCCUUCGAUCAGCCAGGGAUCGUCUUGACUGCAUUGGCAAAGGCGACCGUGUCAGGGAUGCAAUGGUCGAGGCUGAAAACUUGGGUGCCGACCAGGUUCUGAAUAGGGCCCUGAAUGAAAUCUCCAGUGCUUUGCUAUCUGCUAUCACUGCUCGUACCCGUAUCCAGGCUUCCAUCGAGAAGGCCAAGGAAAAGGCCACUGAGAGGCAUCAAGUGAAGGCGGCUGAGGAGCUUUCGGCUGUCGAGGCCAGGCACGCCAAAGAGUUGGAGGCACUGGCUCGAGAGAGGGAUGCUGCGGUGACCAAACUGUCAGAGGCUGAAGCUGCAAAAGAUGCCGCUGUGAAGUUGAGGCAAGAGUAUCGAGAGUUCAAUCAAGCUCAUCUUCGCGAGAUCAAGCAUCUGGGAGAGACACUCAAGUCCAAGGAUGAGGCUAUUGUCACUCUUGAAGGCAAGGUGAAGCAGCUGGAGCUUGACAACUCCAAAAAUCUUGAAAAGUACAAGAGGACGACGCUCCGAUGUUUCUACAACUUCUGGAAACAUAAUCAGGGUGCCGACUUUAGCUAUCUUUCGGAGGAAGUCAGGGCUGCUGAGUUGGCUCGCUGCACCGCCCAACUGGCUGAGGAGGAGGCAAGAUUGAGGAUCCCUGCCUCUCCAAGCAUCGUUGGUGUGGAAGAAGAAGAAGUUGUCGAGGACGCGACCAACCAGGAUGCUGCCCAGGACCCUCCGGCCCCGAAUGCCUCUUAAAAUUUUCUCAUUUAUUUUU